AUGGGUCCAACCGUUGCCGCCGUUGCGACCAACAUAUUAGCACUGUCUUCGGCCUUGGUGGUUGGAUUUGCGGUUGGGAGGUUCGCAGGUGGUGGGGGUAACAAGGAAACCCAACAACACCCAUGCAGCGUCAGGGGGGCCAAGCGUCGAGCACGGAUAAAGAAGAGCGAGGACAACUCUAAGGCCAGAGCGGCCGGCGUCGCGUCGCCGCCAUCGGAGGAAGAAAAACGAAGCAACCAAGUACUACUGUCGUCGCGAAGGACCCGUAGCCGCAAGAAAAACCUGGCGCCUCGGUGCCUCGCACUCGACGCCUGGACGAGGGUUGCCCGAUCCUACAUCAAGAGCAUCGGCGAGGGAGACUACGAGUCGCUUCUUCUCCUCCCACGGGCAUGUUUCAUCGUCGCCGGGCGGUUUGUGCCUUACGCCGAAUGCCGCGACCAACUUGUCUCUCUAGGCCAGGCGAGGGCGGCUACUGCCGGAGUCGAGCAGCUGCGUGUGCUCUACGUUAGCUGCUCGUGGGCAAGCGCUGGGGGCGGGGAAGGAACAGGCUGGGCGGUGCAGGACUUCGAGACUACGCGCGCCUAUCUUCAGCGCAACCCGGACCUCUCGUUUGUCUACGUGGGUAGAUCUUGCGUCGCGGGCAGCUCUUCUUCUACCAGACACGUAAGAUCAACGCAGCUGCGCCAUGUUACUCCAGCCCUCCUUCGGUCGGAUGCCGUGCUUGUGCUUCCUCGCCUGGCGGAGCGCCCCGGUGGCGAGGAAGGCUCUGGAUCUAUGGGCACAAGGUACACUGACUUUGAGUGCUGCGUCCGUGGUUCUCGGUCUCGAAUGGUGCUUGCCAUUGCUGCCGUCGGCCAGGCGAAGGUGUCCGUCGCUUUCCGCGCGGGGUCAUACCCUGAAUCUGUAGUUGAACUUGAGCUGGGGAAGAGCAACGUCAGGGCAACGGCGAAGCAAGCUGCGGAUGCACUGAGGGCUGCGGCGGCGAAGAGCCCACAGAAGAGCACAGCGGCGGUAGUGAAGGAAGCAUGUGAAAACUGGUUGGCCGCAGACCUGAACCCCCUCUCAGCUCUCGAGCAGGCCAGGGCGGUAGUGGAAGAGGCUCAGAAGUCGGACGAUGGCGAAGCUCUGGCGAACAUCCAAAGCAUGCGACCAGCUCCAUCCUUUGCGGCGAACGCGCGCACGGCUCUAGGUGAUGAGUUCGUUGGGGGAGAGCGCGAGCUUGCUCUCUCGAUGCUGUUGUUUGCGGUGCUUUGUUCGCAGCCUAAAGAACGCGCUACCUACACGGACAAUUUCGUGGAAGACGUCGGCAAGAUGGAAAUAUCAUACCGCCCCGUGGCGGUGGUUAGGAGUCCGUACCGGGAGAGGUUUGGGACUCCGCGCCAACCGCAGGUGACCGCCUCUGUGCUACAUGGGGGCGCUCAGGAAGGGCAGAUCGUGUUUCUCCGAGGACGCGGGUAUGAGGAAGCCCUUCACGAUUUAAGCGGUUUCGACAUGAUCUGGGUACUAACCCACAUGCACCUGAACAAAGGAUGGAAUCCCAAGGUCCGCCCCCCUCGGUUACCAGAGGAGAGAAAGGGCCUCUUCUCCACGCGAAGCCCACACAGACCGAACGCGAUUGCGUUGUCGUCUCUGCGCGUGGGGCGGGUAGAUGCCGCUAACGGUGUGAUCUACGUGCACGGCCUGGACCUGCUCGACGGUACCCCGGUGCUGGACAUCAAACCGUACAUCGGCUACUGCGACGCCUUUCCCAACGUGAAAGCCGGGUGGCUGGAUGCUCUUGGCUCGGAUCACGAAGGGCAGGGGGACUUCUUGCCGAAGUUCAGUGUCGGCGCUACGCUGGUUCACACCGAUGCUGUCUCUAAACGUUCUCCGACCAGGACAGCAUCGAGGAAACCACCCGCGGCCGACCAAGUGGAGGCCUCGUAG